AUGAAGCCCUCCGAUCAUGGGCCUCUCCUUCGUCGCAAGUCUUCGACUCCUCAUUACCAGACAUUUGGCGGCAUAUCGCCUCCCAAGUCUCGUGGGCGACCGCUGUCUGAUUCCUCCAACUCCUCCAGCCACGACCUGCACAAUGGUGACGACAACCACCAACACAGCUCGCCGCUGCCGAAGAAACAGAUGGCUAUCUUAGCCGUUAUAGCUCUGUGCGAACAGACAGCACUCAAUUCUAUCAGUCCCUACCUGCCUGCAAUGGCGUCGACGUUCCCCGAAGUGAAACAAGGACAAGUGGGCAUAUAUGUUGGGACAAUCGCUUCUGCCUUUGCGCUUGCGCAGCUGGCGACAAAUUUCUUCUGGGGAUGGCUGUCGGAUCAUAUUGGAAGAAAACCGGUAAUAUUGAUGGGCACAAUAUUUACGGCUGCCUGCUUCGUGGCGUUUGGUUUUGUGAAGACGCUACCACAAGCCAUUGCGGUUCAAGCGUUUAUGGGUCUGCUGAAUGGGAACCAAGGUGUUGUCUCUACCUGCCUUGGGGAAAUUACCGACCGAAGCAAUCAAUCGCGGGCUUUCACCUAUCUCCCUGUCAUCUAUGGCCUUGGAGGUAUCACCGGCCCUAUCAUUGGCGGUGUGUUGGUGUUUCCCAGGAAUCCUUUCGAUAAAUCGAAGCCCAAUCCGUACCCUUACCUUCCACCGAACCUCCUAUCAGCAGCAAUCCUCUUGGUAGACUUCAUCUUGACGUCACUUUUCCUCGAGGAAAGCUUAGAAGAGGCACAGUAUCUCCAACCUCUGGGUUCCAGGGUGCGCAACCUAUUUUCAUGGCUUUGGCAGUUCACCUCCUCCAGCAGACCUCAUUACCUCCGCCGAAAAGGCAAAAGCCACCAAACCCCAGUCCAUCCGAACGGUCUUGCAGAGGUUUCCGACGACGAAGAUACCGAUGGCGGGACAGAGCCUGCCGUGUUCUUCCCUGCCUCGGAAGAAUUGAAGAAGAAAGAUGUGCUCAACCGAGACACCAUCCUCCUCCUUGUGACAUACCUCAUUUUCCAAUUAGCCAACAUUUCCUUUAACUCGCUCUAUCCCAUUUUCGCCCAAGCCUCACCACCCACUGGCCGGAACCUCGACCCAGAAGAGAUUGGCCUGUCGCUCGCCUUCGCCGGAGUAGUGACCAUUCUAUUCCAGAUUGGUGUUUUCGGCAAACUGCGGGACAUGAUGGGAAAUAGAUGGGCAUACAGAAUCGGUUUAGCUGGAUUUGUGAUUGCCUACGUCCUUAUGCCUUGGGUGGGUUACAAAGACGAUGCUGACGGAAAAAUGGGUACACAUGGCGCGGUAUGGUUAUGGCUAGAGAUUUGUACUGUCCUUCUUAUCAAGACAGUGGCGGCAGUAGGUGGUCUGACCAGCGCUCUAUUAUUGAUCACCAACUCGGCGCCUAAUCACUCUGUCCUGGGGACUCUCAAUGGCCUUGCACAGACACUCUCAGCUGCAGGUCGAGCGGUCGGCCCAUUUGUCUCGGGCAGUCUCUUCUCACUUGCCACCCGAGUUCGCCCCAAGGGAGAAGCCCUAGCAUUCGGCGUCUUUGGCGGCAUUUCAUUUAUUGGCUUCUUGUUAAGCUUCGGUAUCCGAUCGCCCAACUUGGAGGCCGAGGGAUGGGACUCGGAGGACGACGACGAUGAUGAAGACGAUGACGGGUCUGACAAAUCGGAAGAUGAGGAUGCUUGA